AUGGCAGAGGAGUGCUCAGUGGCAGUUGGGGUUCGGAUCAGACCCUUCAACGAUCGAGAGCGUGCGUUGAAUGCGCAGCUCUGCGUCGAAGUGGAUGGCCCGACCACAAUCUUGCAGGUUCCGCCAGAGCAAGCAGAAGCCGGGAAGAACAAGGAGCCAAAGAAGUUCACGUUCGAUGCUUCCUUCUGGAGUCACGAUGGCUUCGAGGUGGAUGGUAAAGGCUACUGCCAUGCAGCGCCCGGGAGCAAGUAUGCUGAUCAGCAGCUUGUUUUCGACACCUUUGGUCGACGCAUUCUGGACAGCGCGUGGGAAGGGUACCACUGCUGUUUGUUUGCCUAUGGUCAGACGGGAGCUGGCAAGAGCUACUCCAUGGUGGGCUACGGUGCCAACAAGGGCAUCGUGCCCAUCUCGUGCGAAGAGAUUUUCAAGAGGAUCGGCGCCAACACAGAUGCGAAUCUGACCUACGAGGUAAUGGUGUCGAUGGUCGAAAUCUACAAUGAGCAAGUGCAGGACCUCCUGGUGCCUCCCAGGGAGCGCCCCAAGAAAGGCUUGGAGAUCCGUGAGUCACAGCAGCUGGGCAUCUACAUCGCGGGAGUCUCCAGAAGAGCUGUGGACUCGUACCCCUCUAUCGAGGCUGUGGUGGAGGAGGGCACGGAGAACCGGACCGUGGGUUCAACCCUGAUGAAUGCCACAUCCAGCAGGGCCCACACCGUGCUCACCAUUGAAUUCAAGCAGGUUUCACAGGCUGCCGGCCAGCAAGGCCAGAAGCUGUCGUUGAUCAAUCUGGUGGACUUGGCUGGCAGCGAGAAGGCCGGGCAGACGGGAGCCAGCGGAGAUCGCCUAAAGGAAGGCUGCGCCAUCAACAAGUCACUGUCCGCGCUGGGCAACGUGAUCGAGAAGUUGGCGGACAAGGCCAUGGGCAAGGCGAAGGCCAACGCAGUCGUCCCGUACCGUGACUCGAAGCUGACGAGGUUGCUGCAGAACGCCUUGGGCGGUUCGAGCAAGACCGUCAUGAUCUGUGCGAUCUCGCCGGCAUCGUCCAACUACGAAGAGACACUGUCCACUUUGCGCUAUGCCGACCGUGCCAAGCGCAUCAAGAACACAGCGAGCAUCAACGAGAACCCUCAGGACAAGCUCAUCCGACAGUUGCGAGAGGAGAACGAGAAGCUGCGGAAUAUGGUGGGCAGCGGGUCUCCGAAAGAAGGCGAGAGUGAGGACAUGUUCCACAAGCAGGCCGAGAUCGCGGCGCUAGAGCAGGCAUUGAUGGAGAUGCAAAAGAGCUUCGCGGAGCGGUUGUCGGAAGCACAAAAGGCUGGUGCCAAGAAAGAGAAGUCUUCCGACACGAAACUUCCACACAUCGCCAACCUCAACGAGGACCUGCUCCUCACGGCGAAGCUGAAGUUUGCCUUCAAGGAGGGCAUCACUCGCGUCGGCCGCGGAAGCCAGGAGGACGGCGAUGCGAAUCAGCCGGAAGUUGCCUUGCAAGUCCCUGGCAUCCACCAGGAGCACGCCAUCGUCGAGAACAAGGCUGGUGCGGUGACUCUGAAGGCGACAGAUCCCGAGGCUGCCGGCACCAGCUUUGUCAACGGCACGGCGCUGCAGCCCGGCGUGGCAGUUUCCCUCUCCCAUGGCGAUCGCGUGGCCUUUGGACAGUGUAUCUUUGUCUUCGUAGAGCCGAGCAAGGGCAAGGUCACAGAGCUCAUCAACUCGGGCCAAGUGAGCUAUGCCGCUGCCCGCAAGGAGCUGCAGCAGGGAGAGGUCACAGGGCCAACAGAGGAGGAGCUCAAGGCCUCUCGACAGCUGGCGGAGGAGCUGGAGCGCAAGGCCCGAGAGGCAGAAGAGGCCAAGGAGAAGGCCAAGGCAGAGGCGGAUGCGCUGAUGAAGCAGCGGGAAGCUGAGUUCCGGGCGCAGAUGGAGACGAAGCAGAAGCAAUGGGAGGAGGCUGCGCGGAUGGCCGAAAUGCUUUCAAGUUGA